AUGGAAAUGUACUAUCAACACUGUUAUGAUCCUCAAAUGAAUAGAUAUGACUCCUAUUCUAGCAAUUACAAUUCACAAUGGGAGGAGUAUUCUCAUACUUUCUAUGGUGGAAAUCAAUAUGUUGAGCCAAAUUACUACUCUCAAUCAGAAUAUAAUGAGUUCACUCCACAAUAUUCAGAUCCAUCAAUUGGAUAUCUCAUCAAUGCAUUGAAUGCCAGCACUCUCCAACUUCAACAGAUGUCGGAGGAGGCUUAUGUGCCUUUUCCUCAACAACCUCCUACAAGAAUGUCACAAGAUCAGAAGCCAUCAAUUUCAGAUAUGCUAAAAACAUUGCUGGCUUCAAUUAUGCAGACCCAAGUUAUUCUUCAGAGUACAGAAGUGUCCCUCAAGAAUUUGGAGAGUACUAUGGGACAAAUUGUUACAUCAUUGAAUAAUCUUGAGGUUGAGAGUAUUGGAGAAUUACCCACAAAAUUAGAGCGUAGUCCAAUAGAGAAUUAUGGUACCCUAACUCUUCAAAGUGGUCCACAACUUGACAUGCCACCUCAUCCAGAGAUAACAUUUGAUCCAAUUCUAACUCAAGAAGUCAACAAUUCAACCCUAGAAGCAUCUUCUCCACCGGAGAUCGAAAAUUUCACGCCAGUUGGUCCAUCAUCACAGAACAUGUUACACAAACCAACUUUCAGAUUCUAUGUUCCUAUUCCUCCUUUUCCGGAAAAUAAGGUGAUCCUUAAAGUCAAUAUUUUUCUCCAUACAACCAUUAAGCAAGUACCACCAUAUGCUAAGCUUCCUAAAGAGUUGUCCACAAAUAAAAGGAAGUUGAAAGGUGAUAAAAAGAUAAGUGUAGGGGAGAAUGUUUCUGUUAUUCUCCAAAGGAAGUUGCUACCCAAGUGUCAAGACCUUGGGAUGUUUAUAAAUACAUACACUAUCAGUAAAAGCAGGUUUGAUCAUUGGUUAUUAAAAGAAACUAGUGUUAUUAUUCGAUUGGCUAAUUGCACUAAUGCGUAUCUGUUGACGGUUCAAUUUGGUAGACCAUUCCUAUUGAUUACAAGUACAAAGAUGGAUGUCAAAGCAUGGGUACUUACAAUAGAAUUUGAUGGUGAAGUUAUACAGUUUGAUAAGUUUAAUUCUAUUGAUAAGUACAAGAGGAAGAAGGUUCUGUUAAAUGACCCACCAUAA